UUCAGCGCUCCUUAAACAGAAAUUUGACAUCCCAGCUGACACUAAGCGCAUAUAACGGAACGCCGGCCCAGCCUGGCUGGGGAAGUUUGGGUCCCCCACGUGCUGGUCGUUUGUCUGAUGCGAAUUAAGCAUCUAGGUUGGGCGAGUUCUGGAGCAUAAGCACAGCGCCCUUGUAGCUUAGGACACCAAGUAAGACUUCGCGUCUUGAUGGACACCUGCACGCUCCGCGGACCAGGCCUAGCGGCCGCAGGCCACCAAGUAUCAGUCGAGGGCCAGUACCACUUUAGACGGCUGCAUUCGUCGCCGCUUCAAUGUGGCGAUGCUGCGAAACCGGUGCACGAACGCGGCACACCAGAACCGGGCCGGGGUUCGAGCUCGAGGUUGCCUGCCCUGUGGGCAAGCCUCAAGAACAAGUUUAGCAACAUGAGUAGCUCUCGCAGCUCUCAAAACCUCACCGAAGUCGAGCGAGCUGGUCACGUCGGUCACCUUCGCGGGACGGAGCAUCCGAGCCCUUCGGCGGCAACCCAAGGCAUCGACAUUCGACGCCCGGCCGUGUCGCCUGUGAACGUGUGCUCUUCUCCAGCCAGACAGCCGCUCUUCACGAGCCGUAGUGUUGGGGCGACGGUAUGCUACGCGGGUGGCUCACCCCACUCCGUCGCGGCCGGUCCAGGCAGCGGAAGCACCCCCACCUCGCUCAGCACGGCAUCAGACUGCGCCAUCACGGCGAUGGGCUCGCCUGCGCUCAUGGUGCCGAGCUCGCUACCGAGCCUGCCUGUGCUGCGUGGUGGGCCGCUGUCGGUGGGCUCGUCCGUGGCUGCCUCAGCCUAUGCAUCGCCGCGCGUCCACGAGGGUUACGCCCCGGAAGUUAUCGCGGGCUGCAUGGCUAUGGCGUCGCCGCCCGUACCAGCAGCCACCGCCGGCUGCUCGGCGCCUGUUAUGCCGGCGGCCGGCCCCGCGCCUGCUGCCCAACCCUGCGCGCCGGCGACCGCCGCCGCCGCCCAGUCCAAGCUGCUUGCGGUGUCUCCCGCGCUGCCGUCCGCCAUGUCGCGGCCGGUGUGGUCGUUGGAGGAUUACAGCAUCUCCAGGCGCCUCUACAAGGGCAGCUCCUCGGCCGUUUACAAGGCCACCUGUCUUCACUCCGGCAUUGCUGUGGCGCUCAAGGUCUACUUCCUAAACCGCCUGCCUGUCAACGUCGUGCACAUGCUCAAGCGUGAGAUUGAGAUCCACUCCCAGCUGGUUCACAAGCACGUGGCGCGCCUGUACGGCGCAUUUUUGGACGAUUCGCAGCGCGUCGUGCUGGUGCAGGAGUUUGCGGCGCGCGGAGAUCUGUUUCACGUGAUGCAGCGCCUGGGCGGUCGCAUGCCGCCGGAGCACGUGGCAGAGCUGGUGAUGCGUCCCUUCCUGGAGGCGCUGAGCUACCUGCACUCGCGCGGCAUCUGCCACCGCGACAUCAAGCCCGAGAACGUGCUGUUCACCACCGACUGGCGGCUGCUUGUGGCGGAUUUCGGCGUGUCCAUCAACCUGCACCACGAGCGGGCGGUCACGCGCGCCGGCACGGAGGGCUACAUGGCUCCCGAGGUGGAGCGCUGCCCGCUCAAGGCCGAGCCGCAGGAGAACAAGGACAAGCCGCAGCUGGCGUACUCGACUGCAGUGGACAUCUGGGCGGUGGGCUGCAUGGCGUACGAGCUCAUGGUGGGCUUCCCGCCAGCGAUCGCGCGGGCGCAACAGGACUCGCAGGCCGCGGCCGCGGGCAGCGUUGGCGGCUUCGUCGCGAGCCAGAUGACAGCAGCGGCGCUGCACUUCCCCGCCUCCAUCCCUCAGACCGCGCGUGACUUUGUGAUGGCCGCCCUGGCUGCGGACCCCACUGAGCGGCCCACAGCCGCCCAGCUGCUGCAGCAUAUGUGGCUGCUGCAGGCUGCGGCGGCGCAGGCGACGCGGCGGGCGGCCGUGGCGACGGCGGCUGAGGUGCAGGUGACGUCGCCCAUCCCCAUGCCCGUUCCCUUGGCCAUGUCUGCUGCGGCACCGCAGAUGGUCGCUGUAUGAAACCGUGCCUAGAUGGUCUUUGAGAGUGUGUUGAUGGACAGCUUUGGGACUCUGAACUGCAAAGCACGGUAGGAUGUAAGCGUACCGUUGAAAGCUGAAUUGUGAUUUACUUUGGCGGCGAACGGUAUGCUCAAGGAAGGCAUGCAACUAGUACGCAUGCCGUAGGACCGUGAAAACCAAGGCUCUAGUGGCUUGAAAUUGGUGGAGAACUGCAUCGUGCUGGGCGCUAGCGACUUCUGGAUAUGCCAGUAUCCGUGCCUCUGCAUAGCGGGUGCUCCUCCGGCACAGGUGGUACAGUAGGCCGAGGACGAGACCCGUGCUGGCAUGCUAGCAUGCAUGGCACACGCCGCACUGGGGGCCUUCCUUACGAUCCCCAUAACUCGCAGCGAGCGUUUCGAGUAAUGUAGAGUGGGAUAUUAAUAGCAGCCGCGAUGGCCGGCGUACACUGGUUGCCGGUUGCAACAAGCGAGUGGGUGCAUUGGCAUAUUGAUGUCCGUAGCCGUACAGUAAAUGUCGUCAAGCGCUUGAAUUGCUGGUUUUGGCGGAAACGGUGUGCGGAGAUGUCUGUGGGUGCGCUUGUCAUGUGUCCCGGUGUCACCCAUUCUUUGGCACUGUGGAACGGGAGGUUACGAGCCGGACUUAGAAAGCGUGCUGCGUGGCGGGUUUGGAAUUGGGUGCAUGUGGGAGACAGAGGAUGCUUACGGAGACUGGCGUGUGGGCUGUGUCCGGUGGGAGUGGCCUUCGAUUAGAGACAACGUGUGCGUGCGUUUGCGCGACAAGUGCUCACAUAAGGUGCGUUUUGGGAACAGGCUUCCAGUCGGCCAUGGUCAUACAAACGGAUGCUAAAUGCAUACUGAUAUUGAUGGGAACACGUAAAUGGGCCAAGGCGAGCACGCUGCCGGACGCAGCUAGGUGCUAGGGUGGGUGCGUUGGAGUCAAGUGCAAUCGGAUUGGUGCUAGAAUGCGAGAUGCAUGGAUCAGGCUGGUGCUGUGCCGGGAGGUGUCAAUAUAUUUGCAUGGUUUGUAUGAGCAUUGCGAACCGAUGCGCGUUGCGGGAAUGAGAGGAUGCACACGGUGCGCUGUCUGACAGCCUCGAUGCCUGCAGCCACGGCGCUUAUUAGUCUCGAACUGAAGGACGAACUAAAGGACACGGGUUGAACACAGCCACCCAAGAAGUUAAUGAUGAAAAUGUUGUAGAUAUCCAUGAACGGCUCGCAUGCAGGAGAGCGAGAUGGAAAGUGGAGGGGGGGGGGGGUGAAAGGGAUCAGCGGACAGUGAUGUAACAUGGCUUGAGC